GCCGAGGUGGGUGGAGGUGUACAUCGGGGGUGAGCGCAUGCCAUCCCUGCUUUAUCGAUAAAAGCUGAGCAGCGAGAGCUGGUCGAGAUGGGAUGAGAGAUGGUCGUCUGUCGGUUGGUGGGCCACCCUGCAUACCUCUCGAGGUACCUGCCCCGGCCAGCUUUGUUGGGUGGGCGGGUGCGGUACCUGCCAGCUCCAGACGCCGUACCGGGACGCGUCUCAAGCUCUCUCUUUCCCUCUCCCUCCCAGAGCUGGGACCGAUCUCUCGCAUCUCCCUCGCCCUUCCAACUUUCCAAUCCUUCCUCCCUGCCCCAACGCCCCGCGUCCUCAUUGCAGCCCGGCCAUCCUCGAAUCACCUGCCACGCAGCUUUGACACCGACCCAGCUGCCCAGGUCAACCAGGUGUCUUGUCCUUGAGCCUUUUCCGCGCCGACGCGCCCCAUUCCAAGGCUAAGGUGAUUGGUCCGACCGCACCAGCCCACGGGACAGCCUAGAACCUGCGCAUGUUCUGCAGCUCUCUGGAGUCGAGGCAAGGCGAGCAGAUCCAGUCGCUUUCGGCUUGUGCCUACCCGUAACGUACUAGGUGGCCCCCAGGUAUGUAGGUCUCUGUCGUAUGCGGCAACGUCACUCGGUGUGCCCCGUACCCCGUGCCCCGUGCCCCGUAUGCCCUGCCCCCCUCCCAAUAGCAACAGCAGGAGCAUCCGCAUGAGCAUGAGCACCAGCAGGAGCAUGUGGGCGAGGACGUGGGUGGGCGUGGGUCGAUGGGAAAUGUGGAUAGGGCGCCGGGGGAGAUGGGGAUUUUGAAUGUGGCUGGUGCGCUGGAGAUCUGGGGGCGAGGUGGUCCCUCUUUCGUGCCUUGCCCCCUCGGCCGUGUCGUUGCGCGCGACUUGAAACCUCCUCCACCUGCCAAAGCCCGGCAGAGGACCGCUUUCUGACGCGAUUUUGCAGACUGCCUACACACAAGGCACGCAGGUUCCCAGCACCCGCAGCCAAUCCUCUCCAGUCACUCGUCCGUCGCCCGCGCCGCCCGCCCAUCGUCAGCAGUAUUCCUGCCGCGCACCCUUUUCAUAUCCUGCCUGUACAUGCGCCCGUCUGCUCGCGCAACACAUUUACUUGUCUCUAUCUAGUGUGUCUGCGCCCCAGCCCGCGGCUUCUGGCCAACCAGCGCCGCCUAAAAUCCCCGUCAGUGUAACCCGCAAAAGGCAAGACAACAAGCCUUGCCUGAACACGACGCCUCGGGACGGGAUAUUGAUCAACUGCCACCCGGGGACCAGCUCAGGAAGGCCAAAACUCUAUUUCUCGGUGCGCCCAGUCCCAAACCGUGUCUGGUGCUUCUGUCCAGGACAGGGCCGAGACGACAUCCUGCAGCCACGCGAUCCAGCAGCACACGGCCAGCGAGCUACACAGUACAUCCAGCACUAUACCAUCCAGCACUAGGGGACCAGUGACUACUGUGGGUCCCGCAUUAACUCAUCCCACCCCUCUCUUCGCGUCCCGCCUUGAAUCCCCGUUACAGCCUGAAUCCUCGACCCGGCCUGGUGGACGACAAGUGCACAAUAACAGCUCCAACCCAUCCACCACUGUCACCCUCACCAUCCCGACGGAGGCUGAGCCCACCAUCUGCCGUACCAGGUGUUAAGAGGCCUGUCAUUGCUAGCCCUACAACUCCUUUCCGGCAAGGGGUCAAGUAAAAAAAAGUAAUCCUGCCACGCGCCGACGAGGCACGAUUGACGCAUCUCUGCAGCUUAAAGCAGACCCAAAAAAAGUUGCACGCCUCACUACCCUGCAACGUGUCAGGGUGCCAGGGACACAUCAUCUCCCCCAGCAUUUGUGCGAGGGACUCAGGCCAAGGAAUUUUCAAGAAGUCUGCACCCGCUGCAGGUAGCCAAAUAUGUCGGAUUCCCCCCAAUCCCCUCCCAAGGAGGUCGAACAAGGUGUACAGUCACCAGACGAGGAAGCACAAAUGAAUGAUCCUCAAGACCCACAGGCAAGCGGCCUCGCCUAUGAAUUCGAGGUCAAGGAACAGGACCGGUGGCUGCCGAUAGCGAAUGUCGCCCGCAUUAUGAAGAAUGCACUCCCAGAGAACGCCAAGAUCGCCAAAGAGGCCAAGGAGUGCAUGCAGGAAUGUGUGAGCGAAUUCAUCAGCUUCAUCACCAGUGAGGCUUCGGAGAAGUGCCACCAGGAAAAACGCAAGACGGUGAACGGCGAGGACAUUCUCUUUGCGAUGACCUCUCUGGGCUUCGAGAACUACUCGGAGGCAUUGAAGAUCUACCUGUCCAAGUACCGUGAGCAGUCGCAGUCCAACAGGAGCGAAAAUCAGCAGGGCCGUCCAGGUAGUCAGGGAGGCUACGGCGGCCAGGGCGGCGCGGCAGGACCGUCCAACUCGGGGUCGUCGACUUUCCAAACCGGUGACCUGGCCGGCCAGGCCACUGAUGGUGCAGACACCAACUACAUGUAUCAACCAGGACACAAUGGGACCGGAGCAGGCGAAGGCUACUAGUAAACAACUCAAGUCGGUCGUCCAGCGGCUCCGGCUCAGUCGUCUCACCUGCUGGGCACCCAGUCAUGCCGCAGAGCCUGACGGAGCGACUUGGCCUCGUUCGAGGCCCCUUGAAGGAUCCUAACGGCGCGCCAUUCAGCGUAACUCAACAGUAAGAUACAAGGUGGUGGGCAGGAGAAGCAACACAGAUAAGGGCAGGGACAGUUGUGGCAAGGACGGAUGGAAGGAAGGAAAAGGCGUGAUUAAAAGGAAAACCUCCCGAUAGAUUUACCCAGGACUUCAUCUCUACUUCAGCGCGUCAGAACAGGAGCGGUCCUGGAAUGGUGCAACCUCUUAUAUGCCCCAUCAAAUACAGGUGGGGUUCGAGAAACAGUCUCGAGGUAGUGGGCUAUAUACAAAUUUAAUCACGGUUCGAGUUUCUUGCUA